GUCCUGACCAAGCCUCAGGAAGAACUGGAGGUACUUGCUCUGGCCCUGUGCCUUAACCAUUAAUCUGGUCCCAACUCCCGCUCCCGCCUGUCACUCUGAAGAUGGCCUUGCUUCUUCUUCUCCUCUUUGGGGGAUUCUGGGUCCAGGUGGUGCACCCAUACAGUCUGCAGAGGACAACGAUGUUAUCAUCUAUCCCACAUAUCAUAGCCCCAAGUACCUCUGAAGCCUGGAGUGCCAGCCCAUCAGUCUCUGUGGGGCCAGGGACAGUGGACCCUAAGGAGGCCAUCAGCCCCUGGAGGCAGACCAUAAUCCCAGUUUCUUCGACACCCUUGGGAACUACUGAAUUGUCUUCUUUCGGGACUUCUGCUGGUGCCAUCAUGAGCACCCCUGUACCUGAGACUACAACCUCUCAGGCAGUUUCCAGCAUGCUUCCAGAACUAUCAAAUGUAGCCAGUGACCCUCCUGUCACUGUAGCCAAUCCUGUGACAGACAGAACUGUGGCAUCUACAUCUACCUCUAAAGGAGCCAGUGCACCCCCCACCACUGUGACAACAAGCUCUGACGAGAUCAGUGGACCUUCUGUGGCUACAACAGUAAGCUCUAAGACCAGUGGUCCCCCUGUCACCAUGGCUACUGGGUCUCUGGGGCCCUCCAGUGAGACACAUGGACUCCCUGCCACCACAGCAGCCAGUUCUGUGGCGAGUUCCAGUGUGGCCCGUGGCACCUCAGUCUCCAGCACAAAGUCAUUCACGACGUCUAUCCAAGAGCCCAUAACUACCAGGUCGCCACUCCAAGGAUCAAGGGGCAUGUUACUGCUGCCCUUGUUUAUUGCCGUGAUGGUGGUUUUGGCCCUCGUGGCGCUACUGCUGUUGUGGCGCCAGAGGCAGAAGCGGAGGACUGGGGCCCUGACCCUGAGCGGAGGUGGAAAACGAAAUGGGGUGGUGGAUGCCUGGGCUGGGCCAGCCCGGGUUCCUGAUGAAGAGGCCACGACCGCAUCAGGGUCAGGGGGCAACAAGGACUCUGGGGUACUGGAGACAGAAGGCUCUGAGCAGCGGCCCAUGCUCAGUACAUUCUUCAGCAGACGGAAAUCUCGCCAGGGCUCUUUAGUCCUAGAAGAGCUGAAGCCUGGGUCAGGUCCCAACCUGAAGGGGGAGGAAGAGCCGCUUGUGGGCAGUGAGGAUGAAGCUGUGGAAACCCCAACUUCUGACGGGCCACAAGCCAAAGAUGAGACCGCACCUCAAUCUCUAUGAGCAACAGGUAUUCAUCCAACCUUCUCCUUAACCCUGGAUCCUGCUGUCAGCUGCCGUACACUCUGCAUUUGUGAACAUUUGUGGACCAAAUCCAUCCGUCAUUCCAUCCAUCCAUCCAUUCUUCAUCCAUUCAGUUCCUUCCCCCACAGCCCCCCAACCCCUCUGUCUCCCACCUCCCCUUCCUCUGUGUUUCCUUUGGAACCAGUUGCUGAAUCUCCAUGAUGAUAAUCUUAGUGGACCCAUAUUUUUCCCAAGGAUCCCCCUUGGAAUGCUGCGAUCCGACAGGCCAGAAAACUCCCUUGGAUGAAGCUGUGAAGCCCAUGCUCACACACCCUCCCC